AGCAAGGUGCAUAGCAAGGUCCAGCCACAAGCAUAUAUGUGCUAUUAUCCAAAAUCCUGCAACUAAUUUUGUGGUGCUCCUUGGUUUUGUUUGUUCUAGUAAUCUAACCCAAAUUCUCUGAUCAACCAACAACAAUUCUUACUUCUUCAUCAACCACAACCAAACCCUAUCUGCUCACAAUUUUCUAUCAUGAAUAAUGAUACAGUAGACAAACUGGUCAUCUUCCUAGCAAAGAGAGAUGGCAUUGACAAGCUUGUUAAGACCUUCCAAUAUGUCUCUAAGCUUGUCCACUGGCAUGUUGAGGCUAAAAACCCAGAAAUUGCUCAAAGAGCAAAGCAGUGGGAAGUUGCCUCUGGCCUUAGCCGGAAGGCUUUUCGAACCGGCCGGUUUCUCACAGGAUUCAAUGCAUUGAGAAGAAGCCCUGGCUCCACGCCUACCCUUCGGUUCCUUGCUGUUCUUGCUAAUGCAGGGGAAAUGGUCUAUUUCUUUUUUGACCACUUUCUUUGGCUCUCCCGAAUUGGAACCCUGAACCCAAAUUUGGCCAGGAAGAUGAGCUUUAUAUCAGCCUUUGGUGAGUCGUUUGGAUAUGUCUUCUUCAUCAUAUCUGAUUUCAUUGCAUUGAAGGAGGGGCUAGAGGCAGAGAGAAAGCUUGGUGCUUUGGAGGACAACAAGUUCAGAGACAAGAAGAUUGAGAGUUUGAGAAAGAUUAGGAGUGAUAGAGUGAUGAGGUUAAUGGCAGUUGCAGCUAAUGUUGCUGACUUGUUCAUUGGUGUGGCGGAUAUUGAGCCUAACCCCUUCUGCAACCACACUGUGACUCUUGGGAUCAGUGGGCUAGUCUCUGCUUGGGCUGGUUGGUACAGAAACUGGCCCUCAUGAGGUUUCAAGAAAACCCAUGUUGAUGAAGUAAUUAAUCUCACUGGCUUAAGACUUGCUUAUGGAUCGUUACUAGUUUCACAAGUUUAAUUAUGUGUAUGAAUGGUUUUAGAUGUUUCAAAUCAACGACGCUUUCUUCAUGCCCUGGCUAAUUUUCAUUCAAGUCAAGUUUGUCCAUUUUGGCCUCCCAGUUAUUCAAAUACAUACCGAAGUAGAACUGA